AUGGCUUAUUCUUCCCUUGAGAUCUUUCCGUUCAAAGAUCAAGAGCUCCCGGCUCAUCUGCUACACCAACUGAACUGCUUGAGACACGCAAGAAUCUUCACUGACGUGCUCUUAUGCACGGAGGACAGAGAGAUCCCAUGUCACAGGAAUGUCCUAGUGUCCAGCAGCCCCUAUUUUCGCGCCAUGUUCUGUAGCAACUUUCGGGAGAGCAGCCAGACCAGGGUGGACCUGAAGGGCAUCUCUUCAGAUGUUCUCAGUGGCAUUGUGGACUACGUGUAUACUGGAGCUAUCACCAUUACGAUGGAGCUUGUGCUCCCCCUAAUGCAGGCUGCGUCUAUGCUGCAGUACGGCAGGCUCUUUGAGGCCUGCUCUGUAUUCCUACAGGAUCAGCUGAAUCCGGACAAUUGCCUGAGCAUGAUCCGCCUCUCUGAGAUCCUGCAUUGUGAAAGCCUGAGGGAGAGGGCUAAGGAAAUGGCCGUGCGCAGUUUCUCUGACGUGGCUGUGUCCGAGGAUUUCUGUGAGCUCUCUCUGCCUGAGCUGAUGUGUUACCUGGAGGAUGACCGGCUGUGUGCGGAGGAGGAGCAAGUGUUUGAGACACUUCUGGCCUGGAUCCACCACGACCCCUUUUCACGCCGCGGCGCUAUCCAUGACCUUUUUAAGAAGGUGCGACUGCGCUACAUCCAUCCGACCUACCUUUUCCAGUUUAUCGCCAAUGACCCACUUGUCCAGUCCUCCACCUUGUGCACUGAGAUCAUUGAGUCCGUCCGGCGUCUGAUGUUCUCGGUAAGUGCCAAAUGUGGCCACGAGCUGAAGCCUCUGUGGACAACACCUCGUCGCUACACGUGUCACGAGACCCUGGUUGUGGUGGGUGGCCGAAAGAACAACGAGCAGACAUCACGCGAGGCACUCCUGUAUGACGAAAGGACUCAGCGCUGGCAGUGGUUGGCCAAGCUUCCCCUGAGACUGUACAAGGCAGCUUACGUGUGCAUCCACAGCAUCUUGUACGUGGUGGGUGGACUCAGCCUUAACAUGGUCUCAGGGGACAGUGUGGUCAGUGCAACAGUCUACACCCUCUCUCUGAAAACCAACCAGUGGAGGACCGCAGAACCCAUGUUGGAGCCACGUUACGCCCACCAGUGCGUCUCGUACUUGCACUUUAUCUUCGCCUUGGGGGGAAUUGGGCCGGACAAACAGAUAUCCCAGUCGAUGGAACGCUACAACAGCAUGUUCAACCAGUGGGAAGAGAUGGCUCCUAUGCCAACAGCAGUGUUUCACCCUGCCGUUGCUGCCAACGACCAAAGGAUUUACGUAUUUGGAGGAGAAGACGCUAUGCAGAAUCCAGUCAGAUUAAUACAGGUUUAUCACAUCUCUCGCAAUCUGUGGUCUAGACUUGAGACCAGGACAGUGAAGAAUGUUUGUGCUCCCGCUGCUGUAAUAGAGGACAAGAUUUACAUUAUCGGAGGUUACACAAGAAGGGUGAUUGCCUAUGACACCAAAGCCAACAAGUUUGUUAAAUGUGAGAACAUGAGGGAGAGAAGGAUGCAUCACUCUGCUACCGUGAUUGAUAACAAGCUCUACAUAACCGGUGGCCGCUUUCUCAAUAGCCACGAUAUUAUUGAGGACUCGGACUGCUUUGAGUGCUAUGAUCCUAAGACGGACGUGUGGACUUCUAAAGGCUCUUUACCAUACAAGUUGUUUGACCAUGGUUCACUGACCCUGAUUUGUGUUUCAAACCGCCCAAACCCACCAUGA